GUUGCGCUCCUGCGGCCGGAAAUGUUUCAAGGAGCAGAUGAACUCUUUCAAAAUGUGGCAGAUCAUCUUGAAGAAAUGGAUACAUCAGAUACCCAGUGGGGAUGGUUUUACUUGGCUGAAUGUGGCAAAUGGCAUAUGUUUGAGACUGAUUCUAAUACCCAGUGUUCACUUAGCAGUGAAGACAUUGAACGGAGGUUCAAAAUGAAUCCACAAGGCUCCUUUUUUUUUACAACUGCAAAAUUUAACUACAUUUUAGACUUUUCAGAGAUGAAACAAACCAAUCAAGCAACUGGAAAAGAACGUCCCAUAAAGCGAGCUCCAUUUUCUAUCAGUGCCUUCAGUUACAUCUGCGAAAAUCAGUCUAUCCCUAUGCCUUCACACUGGGAAAAUGUAAAUUCAGAAGAACCUUACCAGCUUAUUCCUUUGCAUAAUCAGACAAAUGAAUAUAUUGAAGUUGCUAGCCACUUUGGGAAAACAAUGGAUAGCAAUCAGAUUAAACGAAUUCAGAGAAUUCAGAACCUAGACUUGUGGGAAUUCUUUUGCAGGAAAAAGGCUCAGUUGAAGAAGAAAAGAGGUGUCUCCUUCAUUAAUGAGCAUAUGUUAUUUCACGGCACCAGCAAUGAAUUUGUUGAAGCCAUCUGCAUUCAUAACUUUGACUGGAGAAUCAAUGGCAUGCAUGCUGCUGUGUAUGGAAAAGCUCUGGGGUAUGACAUGGAGCCAUACAAGCUCUACACAGGAGAAGGUGCUCAGAAGCAAUCACAUCAACCCAUUUUGAGGCAAUUACAUCUUCAGCUGCCUGUCUAUUGGGGCCUAUAAAGAAACUGCACUAUACUGAGGGCCACUGUUUAGUAGAACCAACCCUAAAGGUCUUUGCAGCCAAGAUUGUGUCCCAUCUUCUAAACAGUGCACCAAUCUGGGGUAGCCACUGCAGAGAUGAACUUGAUGAAAUCCAAAACAAGUUCCUUCAUAUGCUCUUGGCAGUGUCAUGCGGUAUACCUGGUGCAUUAUUAAGGACUGAACUAGAACUCCCUUCUCUAAAAGCACGUAUACACAAAUCCACAAUAUUGUAUUGGGGGGAAAUUGCUAUCGUUGCCAGAACAACAUUUAGCAAAAUUAUGCUUUUUGGAUUUGCAGAAUAGAGAAGGCUGGGUACAAUCUUGUAGAUGCUUGAUGUUGAGCUACUCAAUCCCCUUAACAAUGACAACGCAAGCUGUAUCCAAUCAUAAAAUCCGAGAUAUUGUGUUUGGUGAAAAUGCCAAAAGGGAUUCUGAAUACAUUAAAAAAAAUCCUGUAAAUUUGCUACUUGGUAUACCAAAAUCAAAACAUCUUAAAAGGGAUACUUAUUUGUGAGAAUUAACCUUUUUCCCUUUUAGGCAUGCUUUCUCAGGCUGCAAGAAAAAUAAGAGCAGCCUUUCUAUACCAUACCACUGUCAAAUCCUAAGGGGGUUAAACAGAAGGAAUGUUUUAAAUCCUGAUCAUUUUAUUGUAUUCUUGUUUUAUUGUAUCAAAUGUUUUUCUGUUUUAUACUUGUGUGCUGUGUGUUUGUAUUGUUAUAGCCAUUGGCUAUAAAUAAUAAAAUCUUGAGAAAUUUUA